AUGGGUCGAAUAUCAAGCAAGUUCUUCUAUAACGAUUUUUUGUCUUUCCGUGACCGUGAUAGUCAUCUUGUUGGCAGAGUUAUUGAAAUUGAACAUAGAAAAUAUAAAUUUCAACGACAUAUAGGCAGCGGUGGUUUCGGUGCUGUUUAUGCGGCUGAAGGGCCUGAUGGUGUGGUUGCGGUUAAAGUAAUUGAUCUAAAUCGAAUAUCUGGCGCACAUGAGGUGCUUGUUAAUUCAUAUUUAACUGAAGUUAGACAUCUUAACCGACUACGAAAAAAAUCACGUCAUAUCAUUAAUAUUUAUGGCUUUGAUUUUGAUGCUGACACUGGCCGAGCUUAUAUUGUUAUGGAAUUAGGCGGCGAUAAUUUGACGAAGUUUAUCGCACGCAUGCGUGCGUUGCACCGUAAUCCAGGACAGCCUGGUUCAUACCUAGAUCCAGCUAUUCGUCAUAAUAUUUGGCGUCAAUUGGUCAGUAUUGUUCAAACACUGACAUCAAAUGAUAUUGUUCAUAUGGAUUUGAAACCAGAUAAUUUAAUUUUUUUCGGAGAUACACUUAAAAUAAUUGAUUUAGGGAUAUCAAAAAAGCCUGAGAUGAUAGGUGAGCCUGGUGUGGGUACUCUCCAAUUUAGUGCACCAGAAAUAAUGAACCCUGUUGAUUAUCAUGGUCAACCGUACGGUCCCAAAGCAGAUGUUUGGUCGUUAGGUGCUAUUCUUUACUAUAUGACUUAUGGGGAACCACCAGAUUAUAUACCUGGAGCAGCAAAUCCUCCUGGUCGCCAAAAGCCUUCACGCGACUUCAAUCUUGUUGAUGUUCUUCGUCGUACACUUGUCGAAGAUCCUCAUGCACGAAUCGAUAUAUUUUCACUUCUACAUCAUCCAUAUACAACCCGUCACUUAUAA